GGCGCGACGCGCGACAACGACACCGCGGCAGCGUCACACACGCAGUAACAGCUGCGCGCCGUCCGCCGACGGUCACACGACGCUUGCCGUCACUAUAUAUUCGCCGCCGCUGUCAUGUCGGUCGUGUACGCGUCCCGUACGAUGGACGUGGUACUGUUUGUCGCGUGUUCCUGCACGUUUUUCGGCGAGUUUCACACGUCGACCGCCGCCGUACAGUAUCUAGACGACGAAAAAGAGUUUAUAAUCAAUCAGUUGGCAAAAAUUAUCAAGGAUCAAAGCUAUAGGAUGCGGAAUAAUCUACAGGACCCGUAUCCGAUUCCCCUCGAUCAGAUAGACGAUGAUAAACGGGCGUUUACGUACGACCUGGCAUCACAUCUACCUGAAAUAAACACCGGAAAUAAGGAAAUACCGUUUGCCGUAUUGCCCAAUGACCGUCGUUACUAUCAAUCAGCUUUUUCCAAUAAUUUGGCACCACCAGACCAUGUGCCCCGUCGAUAUCACAAAAAGGAAAGGUCCAAAAGCAGUGAAGUACAAGAUAAUUUGUCGUACGGAUCGGACGGAUAUGUUUCAUCAAAGGUCACCACGGAGAACACGAGCACCAGUGAGGUAUCGAUGGAUUUACCGCAGAGCAAUUUCAUGCACAUCAUGCCAUUUUCGACUCAUUCAAGGUUCAGCCAAGACGAUUACUAUUUCUUUGCCAAAGCAGCUGGCGUCGGUCUAGCCGUCCUGGUCAUGCUGCUCAUAUCAUCCAUAGCAUGUUAUAGAAUGCAAAAGAAUAGCAAGGCGGCUGCGGACAUAGAGUACCCGGCGUAUGGUAUCACCGGACCCAACAAAGAUAUGUCGCCCACUGGCGACCGGCGCUUGGCACAGUCCGCCCAAAUGUAUCAUUACCAACACCAGAAACAACAGAUCAUCGCUAUGGAAACGAACAGUUCAGUUAAAGAAAGUCGAUGCGGUUCAGUUAGCGAUCCGGACAGCGAUGAUGACAACGAGGAAGGCGAUUAUACAGUUUACGAAUGCCCGGGAUUAGCACCUGCAGGAGAAAUGGAAGUGAAAAAUCCGCUGUUCCUGGACGACAACACGCCGGCGUCUCCCAACGCUGUUAUAACUAGUAAAGACAAUAUUCCGGGAAAUGGUGUCAUACCAACAGUACCCGUCCCAUAAUAGAUUAAUAUAAUCACCUACCACUCUAUAAAACAUUCGUCUAUAGAUCCAAAAUGUCAAAAACAACACUAUUUUAUUUAUUUAUUUUUAAUUUUAAUACUAUAUUAUAAUAAUAAUAAUAAUAAUAAUAUUACCUAUUUAUUUAAAUUUUUGUUUCUCAACCCAAUAUGGUAUAUUUCUAUAUAUAUAUAUAAAUCAAAACAAUUUAUUGCGUGGAAUGGAUAUAAAAGGACAUAAUAAUGUUACAUAAAAUGAAACUGGGACCAUACAUGCGUAAUUUUGCAGAACGUGCACGAUAUCAAACGUGGCCACUGACUGAAUUCGUGGAUAGAGCCCCCGAAAAAUAGUUUUGAAAUUUGUGUUAUUUAUUUCCCUUUCGACCCCCCCCCCUCCCCACCCACAACCAACCGAUCGUCAUCAUUAAUAUUCGAAAUGAUCUUUGGUCGAACAUGCUCAUCAAAUGGAAAAGGAUUAUUGGGCAUCCGGACGGAAUACCAUGCUUGUAUGACGUCAAAGUUACUACUCCUUAAAACUGACAAUGUUUUGAACGAUACUUUUUAACAUACAGCACUGUCAAUAAUUAGUGUAUUUCAUCCAUACGGAUACGUAACUAUAAUAUUCAAACGCGGAAAUAGUUCGUUAAUUCGAUGUUUUGCCGAACACCCAAACGUUUCAAACAAUAAUAUUUUAUAUUUUUCAGAAUGUCCGGAAUUUCUUAUCGAACGUGACAAUAGUGAGUUCUUUUUUGUUGUUUUUUUAUUCAAACGAAAACUAUUUUAAGUGCAUUACGCGAUUUACCCAAAAACUGAUGAGCUUAAAAUGACCAUUGAAAACCAUUUAUUUUGUUACAGUUUUAAAAGUAGGUAUUUACGAAAAACCUAUACUGUAUUUUGACAAACAUUUACCACGAAAAAUAAGUAAUCAAUACAGGAUACGUGCAUCCUGAUUUCUGAUUUUACGUAAUAUUUACCACAGACCCGUGUCUUUCACGACAAUGCGCGCUAAAUAAUAAACGAUAAUGUUCUCUUAUACAUUUCCAACGGGUUAUGGCCAAUAAAGGUAGUAAAUAUUUUAUGGGACAAGAUGACGUAUCUAACUAUUUAAAUUUUACAAACCGUUUUAACCUCGUACUAUAUUUAUUAUAUACAUCAUAGGCACGUAAAUAUUUUGAAUACGAAUAUACUUAUGUCAUAAUCGGAUAUAUUAUUUUAACUAUAUUAUUAUAUAAUAUUAUACAAAUCAUAUUUUACCCGUUGACGACAUAUAUUUUAAAUGUCUAAUUAUUUUGUUAUUAUAUUAUUUUGUUCGUAAAAUAGAAUACGUUAGUUUUAAUACCAAUGUUAAUUAAUAUUAGUCAAUUCAUUAUUGUUUUUAUUUUAAAGUCUUCCAAAUGUAUUAGACCACUCAAACUCUUCCGCUCGAUAUGUACAUAUAGUUAUAUCACACUCAUAUAUAUAUAUUAUAAUUUAGGUAAAUGCUAAUAGGUAUACUAUAUACAUAAUUAUAUAUGUAUAUAUUAUAAUAGAUAUAAACUAUAUUCAGGCUCUAAUUGUUAAAAAGUAUUUUUGAGCAGAUUUUUUAUGUGAACAAUUAUUAUUCAUUCAGAUCAGAGUUCUUAUAAUGUAGGUACAAUUAUAAUACUAUAUAGUAUACAUACCUACUGACACAGAUAGUUAGAAUGUAAUUGGUGUUUGAAAUUGGGUAAAGCCAAGUUGUGACAGAAAAGGGCCCAGCAUAGAAAUGCAUAUGAGAAAAAAUACGUUGUUUUAUGACGAAAAAGCAUUUAUACACGUCUACUUGGAUAAUUGGAACUUGGGAUGUCCGUUAUGCAAAUUGAUGACCCGUUACGAAAAUAAACAAAAUUUAAAAAAAAGCUCAAGUUUGGGUAUCCGUUUUAAGGUUGAAAAUAUAUUUUGUGUCACGCCCCAAUGACAUUUUUACAUUUCAAACCUAUUGACAGAAAAUAAUUAAAAUAAUAUAACCUUAACACGCGUAUAGGUAUACUGAAAUCAUGUCUCAACUUUACCUUUGUCGUCAAAUUACCAAAAAGAAAUUAUUAGAAAAUCAAGAGAUGCAUAAUAUACACAUAACUGUGGUAGACCAACGCGAUGUACAACGAUUAUUCAAGUUUGUGAAUUUAAAGACUUCAAACGUUUCGAGCGAGAUAGUUGUAGAUUAUAAUAAUAUAAUAUUAUAUUGUACUAUAUAUUAUUGUAUAAGUAAUCGUACGACUUACAUUAUUGCCCGUUGCCCAGGUAUUUAAAUUCGAAGAGGUUGUCAAUUCAAACGUUUCGGAAACCCUAUCAAUUAACAUGCUAAAUAACUUGUAAGUUAAGCUAAGUCAAUUUAUUUAUGGUAAUUCGUAAUAUAUAUAUAUAAUAUAAUAUAUACGUAUAUAUUUCAUCAUGAUUAUAAUAUAAUAAUUAUCGUCAUUGCAGGUAUACUAUUAAUAUUAUAUAUUGUUAACAGAGUUUGAAAUAUUUUAACUAAAAGGAAAAUCUACCAAAUACACCAUUAUUAUCAUUA